GAGCAUAGCACAUCCCGUCAAGCCACUUACACAGUCCCCCCCUAUCCAGGGGGAUUUCUCUACCCAAGGGCACUCUUGCCUGCUGCCGCUGCUGGCCAUUAGCCACAUCCAUCCAACCCGCUUGCACACAAACCGCCCAUACUUCCUCGGCGUGCGUGUUAUGUGCUCGUGUGUCUGUGUGUGACAAGACGAACCCGAAUCCGAGGCCGUAUCAUCUCAUCAGAGCGCUCAACCUCCCCAGCCAAACCAACUUCGAACUGACUGCGGUCACCACUGCACCAGUGUCCAUCUGCUACCUGACCAACUCGCGAAGGGAUCGACGACCAGAAGACGACAUUGAUGUCUGCUGACAUUCGAACCGCCCUCAACUGUCUGCGUCAUCCAUCUAGAUUCAUGCCAAUCUCGAGAACGCAGCUCUCGAGAGUCCAUACGGGGGAUAGUAUCCAGAACAUAUCAGAAACGUUAACCAAGAAAUCAAAUCUUGAACGUGACUGCUACUCACCAUGGCGCCGUCCGUAAGCAGCAGCAGUAGCACCACCAGUACUAGCACCAGUCCUAGCACCAGUGCCAGUGCCAGUACUAGUACUAGUACCGGUGUCAGCACCACCGCCGUGACGGCCGCGGCCGCGGCGCGCAAGAAGCGCUCGCUGGUGCCGUCGCGGUGGAAGGAAGCCGUGCGUGUCGUCAGCAUGGCCGAGUGUAGGGAGGCGGCGCUCACGCUGGCGCACGCCUUUGCCGCUGACGACUACGCCCGGUACCUCGUCGACGACUGCUCUGGCGUUGGCGGCGGCGGCGGCGGCGGUGGAGUCGGUGGCGGCGACGUGCACGGUAAGGUGACCAACGCCGUCUCGGCCGAGGAGGAGGACAGGUGGCGGCUGCACGUCGACAUCCUGACCUACACGGUGGCAGCGCACUGCAUGAGCGGCCUCGCCACGGCCGUCGGGCCCGAGUGCGAUAGCGUGGCUCUGUGGGUGCCGCCCGGUAAGCAGAUCGACGGAUGGUGGACGCGGCUCCGGAGCGGUAUGUGGAGACUCUACUUCCAGCUCUCGCCCGAGGGGAAGAAGCGCUACUUCCAGGAGAUCCUGCCGCUGCUGCACGACACCAAGGCCGCCGUUCUCGGCGACCGAGACCACGACGCCUGGUACCUGGUCUACCUGGGCACCAAGCCCAGCUCGCAAGGGCGGGGCUAUGCCGCGAGACUGCUGCAGGACAUGAUGGCGAGGGCGGACGCCGAGAACCGCCCGAUCUACCUCGAGUCCAGCUCGCAGGCCAACAACGCCUACUACGAGAAGUUCGGCUUCGAGGUCAAGCGCGACAUCUUCCUCGAGCGCGGCCCCGUGCCCGUCCGUCUGUCCAUCAUGGUUCGUGAGCCCCGCGUGCCCGGUUGCAAGGUCGCUUACGCCAGCCCGAAUCAUCCGUCGUCGAUGGCCCGGAAGUUCGCUGCUGCGGCUGCGACUGCUUCUGGUAACGGUGGCGGUGGCAGUGGUGCCGGUAGUGGUAAGGGGUGGAUGUGAGGACGGGAUGAGUGGUUGCGUGCGCGGGUGCGUUCUUCAUCUUCUCUUCCAGAUUGUCAGUGGCUGUCUACGGCAUGAGUGAAGCGUUGGAUGCCGUGUCUUUCUUAGUUUCCGUUUUCGGUUCUCUGGCCUGGACUUUUGGUUUGGCCUUCGUUGAUAAGCUUGACCUGCAGCCUACGGGGUUGACUGGCCGCUGCAUUCAACAUGCAGUCUUGGCCCAUCUGUUUCACCUGGCAGUCCUUAGGAACGUAGUGCCCUCAACGGCGCUGGAGCUCGCACCUUUCCUUAGCGGUUCUGUCGACCAGAUGCGACGCGCAUUGAGCAGGUAGUCUCAGCUCAUUCACGCAAUGAGAAAAUGCCCAUCAUCGCAGAGAA